AUGACUGCAGAGAGCAUGCUACCCACUAAGGAAAAGGAGCCAGCCAUCUUCGCACCGACAUCCUCGUGGGGAGGCCUGGGGCGAAGUCGUCCCGACCAUGCUACAUUCCUAGGCUGCGGAGGCCGGGCGCGGCAGCGUCAAGAUGGCGGCUGCGGCUGUGGCGGCGGCGGCGGCGGCGGCCGCGGCUGCAUCUCUUCAGGUGCUGGAGAUGGAGAGCAUGGAGACGGCCGCUGCCGGCUCGGCAGGGCUAGCCGCCGAGGUCCGAGGCAGUGGCACCGUGGACUUCGGGCCUGGGCCAGGGAUCUCUGCAAUGGAGGCGAGCGGGGGCGAUCCGGGCCCAGAAGCCGAGGAUUUCGAGUGCAGCUCACACUGUUCAGAGCUGUCCUGGCGGCAGAACGAGCAGCGACGCCAGGGCCUCUUCUGCGACAUUACCCUGUGCUUCGGCGGGGCUGGAGGCCGCGAGUUCCGGGCCCACCGCUCGGUACUGGCUGCCGCCACCGAGUACUUCACGCCCCUGCUCUCGGGCCAGUUUUCCGAGUCCCGCUCGGGACGGGUGGAGAUGCGCAAGUGGAGCUCCGAGCCGGGGCCCGAACCCGACACUGUGGAAGCCGUUAUCGAGUACAUGUACACCGGGCGCAUCCGCGUCAGCACGGGCAGCGUGCACGAGGUGCUGGAGUUGGCCGACAGGUCCAGUUUGGCCAUGCUGGAGCUUGUGCCAACCAGGCUUCUGAAACUGCAGUAGCCAAGAACCAGGCUUUGAAGGAAGUAGGAGUGUUUGUGCCCCGGAGCUUUGAUGAGCUUGGAGAGAUCAUCCAGUCUGUGUACGAAGAUCUUGUGGCCAACGGAGUCAUUGUACCUGCCCAGGAGGUGCCGCCCCCAACCGUGCCUAUGGACUACUCCUGGGCCAGGGAGCUUGGUUUGAUCCGCAAACCUGCCUCAUUCAUGACCAGCAUCUGUGAUGAGCGAGGACAGGAGCUCAUCUACGCGGGCAUGCCCAUCACUGAGGUCUUCAAGGAAGAGAUGGGCAUUGGCGGGGUCCUUGGCCUCCUCUGGUUCCAGAAAAGGUUGCCUAAGUACUCUUGCCAGUUCAUUGAGAUGUGUCUGAUGGUAACAGCUGAUCAUGGGCCAGCUGUCUCUGGAGCCCACAACACCAUCAUUUGUGCGCGAGCUGGGAAAGACCUGGUCUCCAGCCUCACCUCGGGGCUGCUCACCAUCGGGGAUCGGUUUGGGGGUGCCUUGGAUGCAGCUGCCAAGAUGUUCAGUAAAGCCUUUGACAGUGGCAUUAUCCCCAUGGAGUUUGUGAACAAGAUGAAGAAGGAAGGGAAACUGAUCAUGGGCAUUGGUCACCGAGUGAAGUCGAUAAACAACCCAGACAUGCGAGUGCAGAUUCUCAAAGAUUACGUCAGGCAGCACUUCCCUGCCACUCCUCUGCUCGAUUAUGCACUGGAAGUAGAGAAGAUUACCACCUCAAAGAAGCCAAAUCUUAUCCUGAACGUAGAUGGUCUCAUCGGAGUCGCAUUCGUGGACAUGCUUAGAAACUGUGGGUCCUUUACUCGGGAGGAAGCUGAUGAAUACAUUGACAUUGGAGCCCUCAAUGGCAUCUUUGUGCUGGGAAGGAGUAUGGGCUUCAUUGGACACUAUCUUGAUCAGAAGAGGCUGAAGCAGGGGCUGUAUCGUCAUCCAUGGGACGAUAUUUCAUAUGUUCUUCCGGAACACAUGAGCAUGUAACAGAGCCAGGAACCCUACUGCAGUAAACUGAAGACAAGAACUCCUCCCCCAGGAAAAAGUGUACAGACAGCUGGCAGUGGAGCCUGCUUUAUUUAGCAGGGGCCUGGAAUGUAAACAGCCACUGGGGUACAGGCACCGAAGACCAACAUCCACAAGCUAGCACCCCUUCAGUCCACACAAAGAAGCUUCAUAUUUUUUUUUUAUAAGCAUAGAAAUAAAAACCAAGCCAAUACUUGUGACUUUACUCUGCUACCUGCUGUAUUUAUUAUAUGGAAGCAUCUAAGUACUGUCAGGAUGGGGUUCUUCCUCAUUAUAGGGCGUUAGGAUGUUGCUUUCUUUUUCCAUUAGUUAAACAUUUUUUUCUCCCUUGGAGGAAGGGAAUUAAACAUUUAAGGCCUCAAGAUACUAUACAUUUAAAGCACCCCAAUGUCUCUCUCUUUUUUUUUUUACUUCUCUUUCUUCUUCCUUAUGUAACAUGAAGAACAUUGUAUUAAUCUGAUUUUUAAAGAUCUUUUUGUAUGUUAUGUGUUAAGGACUUGUUUGGUAUCCCACUGAAAUGUUCUGUGUUGCAGACCAGAGUCUGCUUAUGUCAGGGGGAUGGGACCAUUGCAUCCUAAGCCAUUGUCACAAAAUAUGUGGAGUAGUAACUUAAUAUGUAAAGCUGUAACAUACAUUUAAAAUGGAAAUGCAAAAAGCUGUGAAAUGUCUUGUGUCUUAUGUUCUCUGUGUUUAUGCAGCUGACUUGUCUGUCUGUAACUGAAGUGUGGAUCCAAGGACUCCUAACUACUUUUCAUCUGUAAUCCACAAAGAUUCUGGGCAGCUGCCACCUCAGUCUCUUCUCUGUAUUAUCAUAGUCUGGUUUAAAUAAACUAUAUAGUAACAAUGAAGGCAUA